AUGAAGGUGAAUCACUGUGGCUGGAUUCCCCCAGUGGUUCCCCUUUUUGGCUUGUUAUUAUUGGCUUCUGCCCCGACGACUAUGUUAGGUGGGACGGAUAAUAAUAUAGGUAUUGUACAUUUAGACAGCUUCACAAAAGAACGUGCUCAUAAUGCCACCAGGGCUGCCAUCAAAGCAUACAAUCCUAACCCCGAGUCGGCCAUCCUCAAUUUCAGCAAACUAGUUGAGGAGUCUUUAGAUGGAAUUACCAAUAAGCGGAAUUCGACCCGGAGGAAGCUAAAAGGACGUGCUGCUGCAGGUAGAUGCAUGGCUACGAACCCGAUAGACAGAUGUUGGAGGUGCAAUAAUAGAAACUGGGCAAAAAACCGCCAAGCCUUGGGGAGAUGUGCACGUGGAUUUGGAGAGCACACGACAGGGGGGAUGGGUGGUCGUAUCUAUGUGGUCACGGAUGUUUCGGAUGAUGACAUGUUGAACCCGAAAAAGGGAACCCUGAGAUAUGGGGUGAUCCAAGACAGACCGUUGUGGAUCAUCUUCCAGAAGUCUAUGGUGAUCACCCUCAAGCAAGAGCUUAUAAUGAAUCAUGACAAGACUAUUGACGGGAGAGGGGUUGAAGUUCACAUAGCAUACGGCGCGGGCCUCACCAUUCAGUUUGUUCACAACAUCAUAAUUCAUGGGAUUCGUAUACACCACAUCGUGUCCAAGAGUGGAGGAAUGAUAAGGGACUCCCCGGGUCAUUACGGAUUAAGGACCGUUAGUGACGGGGAUGGCAUCUCUAUAUUUGGCUCCAGCAGGGUGUGGGUGGAUCACGUGUCGCUGGAUCACUGCACAGAUGGUCUGAUUGACGCCAUCAUGGCUAGCACCGCUAUCACCAUCUCCAACUGCAAAUUCAACCAUCACAACGACGUGAUGCUGCUGGGGGCAAACGAUAACUUCAGGGGAGACGAGAUAAUGCAAGUGACGAUCGCAUUCAACAGGUUCGGCAAGGGGUUGGUGCAACGGAUGCCAGCGUGCCGCUGGGGAUUCUUUCAUGUGGUUAACAACGACUACAACAAAUGGGAAAUGUACGCCAUCGGCGGGAGCCGGAACCCUACCAUUAUCAGCCAAGGCAACCGAUUUAGAGCUCCUGAUAACGUCCAUGCAAAAGAGGUGACCCAUCGGGAUCACUUUCCUAAGAAAAUAUGGAAGAAGUGGAAAUGGAGAACGGUGAAUGACCUUUUCCUUAACGGGGCUUUCUUCGUGGCGUCGGGUGACCAUUCGGUUAUUGCUCAGAAGCAUAAACGGCAUAUGGUGCAAGCCAAGGAUGGAUCUGCUGUUGGUCGACUCACUCGCUAUGCGGGUGUGCUCCCAUGCACCCAUGGCAGACCUUGCUAA